AAGAUGCUGCGCACCCCCAACUGCUCGCGGUGCCGGAACCAUGGGUUCCUGGUGGCCGUCAAGGGCCACGCGGGCAAGUGUCGCUGGAAGCAGUGCAGUUGCGAGAAGUGCUACCUCAUCACCGAACGCCAGAAGAUCAUGGCCGCGCAAAAGAUGCUCAAGAAGCAGGCCUCCGAAGAGGACCAGGAGCUGGCCUCCCGGGCCGCGGCCAUCGCCCCGGCCUCCAGCCUCCGCCCGCUGCCUCCGCUGGCCGCCCCGGGGGACCUGGAGCCCGAGGGCCGCGCGGCCGCCUACCUGCUGGAGAGACCACCGCGCGGCCCGAGCCCGGGCCCCAGCGCCUUCCAGCCGGUUCUGGCCGGCCGCGGCCACGUGGGUGCGAGCGAAGGCGCCGCCGCGGCCAUGCCCGGUUUUGUGCGGCCCCAGCUGAGGGCGGAGGCCGCAGGCAGGGGCGGCCCUGGCCACCCGGAGAUGCGCAGGCCGCUGCGGCCCGUUCCCAGCCCGCCGUUCGCCUUCGGGCUCUCUCUGAGCAUCAACUCGGAUUCUGUAGUGGGGUCUGAGUACCUGGAGCGAGAUCCUUCCAAGCUGUAUUCCAGCUGCUCCAGUAUGUACUAUCGCCCGUUCCCGAUGGGCUACCAGGAUCCUUCCCCGGGCCUGGGGAUCCCUCUGCAGCAGGGCUUCCGGCAUGUGUCCUUCAGCCACUACCACGGAGGAGGCUCGAUGUCGGAGCCAGUGGAAGACUUCCAGCCAAGCUAUCCCCCACCACCUCCGCCACCACUGCUGCCGCCACCACCGCUAUCACCGCAGCCCCAGUUCCUCCCGCCAGGCUUCCUCUCUGGGAUCCACUUCCUUCCGCCACUGCCGCCACCUCCACCACCAGCAUCUUUCUCACUGACUGUUUUGUCUGACCAGGAGACCCCUGAUGGCCAGGAUGCGGAGGUUCCUCGUGAGCCCAGCCAGCCAUCAUCUCAGGAGCAGUCUGACUAGGCCCAGGCCCUCGGGCCAGCAAAACGGGGCAUGGGGGGUGUGACAGCAAUGAUUUUCUUGUCUGUGUUCAGUGAUGUGUAGGGAAGGAAGAUAGUGAUAGACAUAACAUAGAGUUAAUUCCCAUUUCAAGACAGGAGGAAAGAGGGUGGUUUCUAAGGUUCUCUCAAUCCUGAGAUGUGGGCUUGAACAGGAGGACGGAGGAUGAAGUUACUAGGGGAGGGCCAGGACUCUGAGGAGUGGGGGGCUGGUGGAAACUCACGUUUAGGAAUGAAUUUAACCAUCUCUGGGCUGUGCUACCUUUUAUGAGACUCGCCCUCAGACCCCGCUCCAGGACAGGAGGCACCAUGUAUUUCAGCCUUCUGCCUCUGCUAUGUCCCCAGCAGGGGGCAGCACAAACAUCUAGCUUCCAGCACAUCGAAUGGCUAGUGCAAGCAGCCAGGACCAGGGCACUGACAGCAGGUUCUGGAGUGUCCUUCUUUGCUGCCCUGUCUCCCAUGGCCUAACUGGCCACUGCCCCUUGCCCCUUCUCCACGGGGCUUUACUAGUAAGCAUAGUGACCACUGGGGCUGCUUUACCUCUCCUUCACAAAGUUUAAGCCAUUUAUAGACAUCAUUUCUAGUUUUUAAAAAAUCUAUUAACGUUUUAUUAUUUGGUGUUUUUAUAGUGAUUGCCAGCUUUAAAAAGUAGGCAAUUUGUAAGCACUGAUGCAGUUCUCAGAAUAGAAUCGUGCUUCCAAAGUACCUAUGAUGUCAGCAAUUUCUUCUUUGCGGACAAUUGACUGUUGAAAUAAA